AUGUUUGAGGAAUUAGAUAAUUUUUUUAAAUUCGAUUAUAAUAAUAGAAAAUUACAUAAUAAAAAUACAAAAAAUAUUUAUUCAAAUACAGUAUUAGAUGUAAUAUCAGAGAAACAGCAUAAUAAAGAAAUUAAUAUUGACAAAGAAAAAAAAAAUAUUGAAGAAUUAGACAAUGUUAAAACUAUUAAUUAUCCUGAUAUUAAUACAAAACAAUAUAUAUCAAUUUUAAAUAAAACAUCACGUAAAGUUCCUAAUAUUUUAAAAAAUAAGUCAAAAUCAGAGAAAAUUUUUGAAACAGAUACAACAAAGUCAAAUUCUUUUAAAGAUGUAACAAAUAAGGAUCAACAUGAAAGUUUAUUUAAUCCUGAUUCAAUAUCAGAAUAUAAUUCAUCUGAAAAUAUAUUUGCUAAAAAAGAAAAAAAACAUAAAAGAGUAUCAAGGAGAAGAAAACAAGAACUUAAUUUUACAAAUAUUUGUCAUGAAUUACCAAAGUGGAGCAUUUGUUCUUUUGUUGAUGAUAAAAAAAAAAUGAUAGGCAAAAAAUUAGGUAAACCAAAAACAUUAGAAAGUCUCACACAAGGAAAAAAGUUAAAACAUCAUUCUAGGAAACAAAAUAAAAAACAACAAAUAUCUAUUCUUAAAAAUAAAGGAAAGGAGAAAUACUUACCUUCAAUAUCCCAGGAUAUAUUGACAGAUUAUAAUUCUGAAUGUCAGAAUCUUUCAUUCUCAAAAGAAAUUGAAUCAAAUGAUUUGGAAGAUUUAAUUGAUUUCUCUAGCAAUGAAAUAUUUAAUAAAUUUAAUUAUGAAUUUUAUAACAAUAAUUCAGAUUGUUAUACGUGCUAUUCAAUGAAUUAUGAAACAUAUAACCCUUUAAGUGCAAUACAUGAAAGUGAUAGUUAUGAAAACAUAUUUGACAUAAAUGACAAUGAAGUUGACAUAUGUAAUACAACAUUAUAUUCUUCUUUAACGGAUAAUGAACAAGAUGAAAAAAAUAUUUCAAUAAGAAAAUUUAUGAUGUCUCCAGAUUAUAGAAGUGAAGACUUAUCAUUUAGUAGUGAUAAUAAAUCAAAGUGUUCAUCUGAUUCUUUCUGUAAUUAUUGCUUUGAGGACUGUGUUUCAAAUUGGAUUGAAACUAGUGCAGCUAGUAUUCAUUCAGAAGCUUUUAAUGAUAUUAAACAGAGUAAUUUAGAUAGUUCAUCUUUUCAUACUUCUAAAUAUAAUGAAUAUUUGACUGAUGAUAGGGAAUAUAACAGUAGAAGAUCAUCAUUGACUGAAAGUGAAUGUUCUUUAGACAUCACAGAUGAUAUUGAUUCACUAUUGACCGAAUUUGAACGUUAUUCGGAUGAAAAAAAAAAUAGCGAGACUGAAAUAUUUAAACAAACGAUAUACACGCAAAAACAAAAAGAAUACGAUGUAUCGAUGGAAAAUGAUACGAAUAUAUUACAAAUUCAAGACGAUAAUGGAACUAGUAUAAACAAGGAUAAGUAUAAGUGUUUAUCAUGUUCAUUAAAAUUUUCAAACGCGCGUACGUUGGCAAUGCAUCAAGCAGGAGCACAUGGAGGUAUGUACAUAAUACUUUGUGAAAGUUGCGGUAGGCUUUUCAAUCGAAAAUAUCAUUUCAAUAGACAUUUUAUUCAUUGUGGUCGCUUGAAAGAACCUUUCAAGUGUGACAUGUGCUUUAAAAUGUAUAGACACAAAUCAUCUUUAAUUCAUCAUUUAAAAGUAGUGCAUCACAUUCAUUAUGCUCGUAAUCGUACCGCGACAUUUGUUUGUAAUGUAUGUAACAAAAUCUAUAGUAAAUUUGGUGCUUUCGAGAAUCACAUGAAGAGUCAUAAAAACGAGCCUGAUUGUAUGGAUACACCUAACGAUGUUACCUCUUAAGUACAUACAUAAGUAUUUAUAUAAAGAUAAGGAUACAUUUAUUUUCAGUCACUAUAUUUUAUUAUGAUAAAUUUAAUAUUAAUUAAUUGUUAAUAUUAAUUGAAAUUUUCUAAAUCCGUACAAAAGUUUAGAAUUGUUCAAUGGAUCUCACUAUUAUCGAUUUUCCAAUUACGUGACGUCCUCAGGUACCAAAGAAAAUUCGUAUACUUUGACCUAUAAAUAUAAUUUCAUUCAGAAUUUUCUAUCCUAGGAAAUUCAAUUCUAUGGAUGUUCAAUAAAUAUUGUUACGCACUGUUGAUCAGUCGUCUACUUAGCGACCGCUAGAUUUCAGGAAAUAUAUGAGUUCUUAUAUACAUAGUCAUAACAACGGCAUUAAGUCGUAAAUGUUGAGUUAUAUUAUGAACUUAUAUUAGUUAAUAAAAUAUUAUCAUUGGUAAUAAAUUUCACGAUGAUAUUAAUUGCUGCUGGGAUUACAAAAUACGUAUUCAUAUUUAUUUUUACGAUUGUUAUUCUAUUUAAAUCAAACCUUAAAAAUAGUUUGAUUCCUUUAAGUUUUCUCAAAAGCAGCAUUAUCUUCACGCGAUUUCAUUAUAUCUCAAUAAAUAUCGUUAAUAUUAUUUAAGUUUUUCAAAUUUAUUAAAAAAAUUUAAUUAGAUUAUAGAAAUUU